CACCACAAUACACCAAUCCUCCACCAAUACAGCGAUCACAUCACUGCAGACGCUGCACCAAUCCACCUGUCAAUCUCACUCUCCAUCCUCCCCUCACUUGUGAACAAGACCCUGAGAUACUUGAACUCCUCCAUUUGACAUGGUCUCUUUGCCUUUUUAAAAAAACAAAAAACAAAAACAAAAAACAUUGGUUCCAAACGAGAACCAUGUUAGCUUGAUGUGUAGAUCUCUGUUCAGAGCACUACACACAUCAGUCUGGAAUGAACCAGGUUACUUCUUCUUGGUUGACUCCAUGUUUUUCCUCCUCAGAACCUGGAGUUUCAUGGUGUGAUGAGGUUCUACCUGGAGGACAGCUCAGGGGAGAACAUCGCCACCAAAUGCCUGAGAGUCUCGAGCGUUUGGACCACGGAGCACCUCCUCCAUCUUCUGUCUGAGAAGAUCAGCCCUGACCUCAAGAGGCUCUCCGGCGCCCUCUGCCUGUGGGAAGUACAGGCAGGAAAAGAGCGCAGACUGGAGCCGGAGGAGCGCCCCCUGGUGGCACAACUCAACUGGAACAGGAACAACAGAGAGGGACGGUUUGUGCUGAAGACAGAGAAGGACAAAGGAGAGAAGGAAAACAGUUCGGAUCAAAAAAGCAGCGUGAUGCAAAACUUCAGGAGAAGUUUGUCCAAAAAAGACAAAAAGAAACUCAAGACCAGGUCAACUGAAAUGUCCCCAAACAGAAGCAGCUCUGCAGAGACAAAAGACGAGCACAGAGAUCCUCCAUGUUUGCCCAUCACAGUGAAAUUCAGUGACAACACGGAGGAUUCAUUUCUGUGCGCGGUGAUAAACUACACAAACAGCUCCACGGUUCAUUUUAAACUGUCUCCAGCGUUCGUCCUGUACGCAGCCGCCCGCUCCCUCCUCUGCCCCAAAACAGGGUCAGGGGGAAGAGAUCAGGGGUCAAGGGUCAGCGCACUCACAGACAAGAUGGUGGAGCGCAUGAGGAGGGUCAUACAGAGGCGUCCGAGCUCGCUGGGGGCUCUGUGUUUCUGGAUGUCAAACUGCUGUGAGCUGCUCCACUUCCUGAAACAAGACUCUGAGCUGCAGCCAAUCACAGAGCAGAGCCAGAGGGGGAUGUCCCGCCUCCUGCACCACGCCUACAGAUCUCUGGUUGAUUGUCUUCAAUCUGAGCUGAUGAAGCAUCUGCCCACGUUCCUCCUGGAGCCUCAGACUCACGGAGCUCUGCCCAAAGGAAUCGAGUUGGUCCUGAACACCCUGAUGACGUCCAUGUCUCUUUUUCGUCGUUGUAAACUCCACGCUGCUCUCUCCAUCCAGCUCUUCUCUCAGCUCUUUCACUUCAUCAGUGCGUGGCUCUUUAACCGCCUGCUCGCCCCUCAGCCUGAGCCUGCAGCUUUGUGCUCUCACCACUGGGGGGCGACUCUGAGGCACAGACUGAGCCCCAUAGAGGCGUGGGCAGAGAGGCAGGGACUGGAGCUGGCUGCAGACUGUCACCUGGGCCUCAUCACACAGGCGACGGCUCUGUUGACCCUGGAGCCCUGUGUGCAGCUGCAGAAGGCUCAGAGCCUCUGCUCCAGACUGAGACCUGCCCAGAUCCAGGCUCUACUGCAAGGAUCCAACUACAGACCACAACAGAAGGACAAUGACUGGGUUGCUGGUCUGAUCUCUGCUGCUCAGUCCAGUUCAGACCAGAGUCCAGACCUUCCCCUGGAGGAGAGUCUGACCCUGCACCUGCCCCUCCUGCUGCCCGAACACGGGUACUGCAGCCAGACCCUACGAGGGGUUCCACCAGGUCUCACCGAGUUUAUGGAGCCAGUCUGCAAAAGAGGUCUGUGUUCUGUGAGCCCUGCACCUUUGUCCUCAGGAGACUGGACAGUACAUUUCAGUGACACAGCCCCCUCCUCUGAGACCUCUUAUCUGGAGCCUCACAGAGAACCUGAUGUGCAGACUGUUACUCUGCACAAGCCUCUGAACAGUGGGAUGGGCCUCAGCAUCGUGGCUGCUAAAGGAGCAGGUCAGAGUGAACUGGGAAUCUACAUCAAAUCCAUCGUGAGAGGAGGCCCUGCAGAAAUGAACGGCCGUGUGUCAUGUGGAGACCAGCUGCUCACAGUGGACGGACAGAGCCUCAUCGGCCUGAGCCAGGAGAGAGCGGUGGACAUACUCAUGCAGACUGGUCCUGUGGUCACUCUGCAGGUGUCUAAAUACGCUGCUGGGUUCCACGGUUUAGAAGAACUCCUGAGAGACAAAAAGCAGGGAAAAGAAACAGACUGAGCUGAGCUGCAGAAAACAGAGAGAGAGUCAAGUGCAGAGGAACCGACAGCUGUACCGCUCCAACCCCAACAUCCUGCAUCUGGUCCUGGAGGAGGAAGAAGAAACAUAUGAACCCAAACUGAGACAAAACAAGAUGAUGACGGC